AUGUCGAAUUUUGGCCCUAUUGAUACCAGUGUUUUAUACGGGCAAUUAAAUCAUCGAACAGAAGAUGUGUCCGAAAAUCCGGAUACAACUUUAUCAGUACGACGUGGUGAUAUUGCUUUUUUUCGCGUCCUACAACUAGCACCACGUCAUAUUCGUGUUUUACAAGUACUCCAAAAUAUGGGGUUUCUUGGUGUUUUGCAAUGUGGGCAUGUUGAAAUUGACACCCACUUGAUCACUGCUUUGGUAGAGAGAUGGCGCCCGGAGACACAUACUUUCCAUUUUUCGGUGGGUGAAGCUACUAUAACACUGCAAGAUAUCGCCAUCCUGUGGGCACUCCCGGUGGAAGGUAAUCUUAUUACCGGGAUAGAUACAAGGUGUAGUACCCAACAGUGGCAAAAUUAUUGUCAUCAAUGGUUGGGUUUCAUGCCCAAUGAAGAUGCAUUUAGAUGGUCCAAAAUAAAAUUGUCAGUGUUAUAUGAACGUUUAUUAGAAAAUACAAGUGAUGAUGAUAGCCCGUUUGAGGUUGUGUUACAGGAGGCACGUAUAUGUGCCAUGUGCAUUCUUGGUGGAGUGUUGUGUCCUGAUGCUACGGGGAACACCGUGUCAUUAUUAUAUCUGCGGCAUAUGGAAAACAUACACGAGCAGUAUGUAUCAAAUUGGGGUUCUGCAGUGUUGGCAUAUCUCUACCGGGAGCUAUGUACAGCAUCACAACGAGGGAAAAAUAAUAUUGGCGGUGCCAUGUAA